AUGGUGUCCCUAGGCGGUUUCCGAAUGGCGGAGGACGAGGGUGCGUCUCAGCCAUUGCUGGUUGAUUGCGAGACUGGGGAGGCGGUUUUGGGGAUCGGAGCCGCUGGAGCAGGCAGGGAGCGACGAAUCGGGGGCUCCUCGCGACAGGGGACAUCUAGCCCGGAUGGCAUGGGCGUGAGGUGGUCAUGGGAGGUGGUGUGCAAGCUCUUUGGUCUGGUGGUCCUAUGCUGGCUGCUGGUCUUCUCAUUGUCAGAGCUGGUGAGUAGGAUGGGCCAGUCACCACAAAGCCACAGCACCAACCUGGGUGUGCCGACGCUCGUGAGCCUCUUUGUGCUGCUACUAGCGCUGUGGUACCUUCGGCGGGGGCCGGCUGUGCCGGAUGCUGUGGGUCCCACAGAGCGCAGUCUGUUCACGGGGGCAGGGAGGUCGCUGGGGAUCGAGGUCUGGAGGAUUCAAGACUUCGUGCCUGUUCUGGUGCCCCAGGCAGAUGUGGGGAAGUUUGCAAAAGGCGAUGCAUACAUAGUUCUGCACACAUACCUCCGCUUCAAUGAAAAGGCAUAUAAACUGCACUUCUGGAUUGGCAGCCAGAGCAGUCAGGAUGAGGCUGGCAGUGCUGCGAUCCUUUCAUCCCAACUGCAGAAAGAACUGGGCAGUACGUUCACACUGUACAGGGAACUGGAAGGGGAAGAGUCAUCGGCAUUUUUGGAGCUAUUUCCACGAGGUCUGCGCUACUCCACCUCAACAAACCACCGCUCUGGCUUUGUGCCUGUUCAACCAGAGCCUGAAGCCCCCAAGGCCAAGAUGUUCCAGAUUAAUGGCGGCACAACUGUGCACGUUGCGGAGGUGCCCCUGUGCCUCAAUUCCCUCAACAAUAGCGACUGCUUUCUGUUGGACGAUGGGCAGAGGUUGUACCAGUGGAGCGGCCAGCAUGCAACACGGGCAGCCAAGUCCAAGGCGUUUGACAUGACACUGUCAAUCAAAGAUGACCGCCGGCAGAAAAUACAGGUGAUUGUGCUGGACCCUGGCGACAUGGAAAGUGAAGAUGCCAAGGAAUUCUUUGGAAAACUGGGCUGUGAGGACAUGGCGGCUGUGCGGAUCCCCGACACCAUAAUGGAUGAACAGAUAUCGGCCCGCUUCUCACCCCCAGUGCUGUAUGAGGCAGGCGAUGGUAUGUUUGUGGAGGUUGCAAGGGAUCGCCUGAGGCAUGACAUGCUCCGCCAUGAUGCGGUGUUUAUUGUCCAGUCUGGGGAAUCUGUGUUCCUGUGGGUGGGACGAAAUGUGACAAAGUUGAAAAGGUCACAGGCUGCAACUGUCACUGCAUCAAAGUUCCUGGAUUGGAGGAGCAUGGACAAGCAGCAGAUUGUGAAGGUUGUGAGGGACCAAUUUGAACCACCAAUCUUCAAGGAGAUCUUCCACAAAUGGCCGAAGGAGGUGGUCGUCCCCGUCCUUUCAGACCUUUGUUCAUCUAGAUCAGGCAGUCUGAGCACAGAGCUCAGCACUCCUGUCAGGGGCGAGAUGGACAUGGCUGCCAUAGUAUCAGGGGGGAUUGACGAUCGUGAGGGCAUCGACGAGCUGAGUGGGACUGCCACAGUUUGGUGGUGCCGGCAAUUUCGUCUGAAGCCAUGGCCAGUGGAACGAUAUGGGGAAUUCUAUUCAGGGCACUCCUAUGUUGUGCAGUACACUUUCAAGAGUGGGUCGCGGCACACUGUUUAUUUCUGGCUUGGGCGGGACUCAUCUGUCACUGACCAGGGGGUGGCUGCCACCAAUGCUGCCAAGAUGGCUGAAGGUAUUAGUGAAGUGACAGGGGAAGCGAGCGCCUCAAAGGAAAACAAGGAGUCGUGGACGACGGUGCGUGUGCCUCAACACAAGGAACCUGGGCAUUUCUGCCGCAUCUUCAAGAGCAGUGUGAUUGUGCAUUCUGGAAAGUUCAGUGAAGAUGAGAAGGAGAUCACAGGGCCGGAGCUGUACCGUGUCAGGAGCACAACCCGGCACAACUUGCAUGCUGUUCAGGUGAGGGUGUCGGCACAGUGUCUGGAUUCACGAAACUCAUUUGUGGUUGUGGAUGGGGAGGGUGCGACACUCUGGCAUGGCAAGGCAAGCUCAGGCAGGGAACGGGACACUGCCCAGAACGUUGCUAUGCGACUGGCCUCCACAACAAGGCGCGAAAUUACAGAAGGGGAGGAGGAUGAGGCAUUUUGGAGCUUGAUUGGAGGCCAGCGAUCGCAUGCAACAGGUUCCUUGUUGCCACCCAAGGGCUGCAAUGUGCGGCUCUUUCAAAUAGAUGAAGUGAGGACAUCUGGUUCGGGCAGCCAUGUGGAGGAGAUAUUCAAUUUCGUGCAAGAGGACUUGUGCGAUGAUGAUGUUAUGAUGCUGGAUGCAUGCACCAAGGUGUUCCUGUGGGUGGGUCGGAAUGCAAAGGCUGGCAGAAAACCAGCUGCCUCAGAAGUCGCAGCCAAGUACAUCAAGGUGAAGAGCAAGAUCCAGGGCAGCGAUGCUGGCACCCCUGUGGAGUUUGUGGAUGCAGGGCACGAGCCACCCGAUUUCACCUGCCACUUCUGGACUUGGGAUCGAGCAGAGGAGCCCCUGCAGCAUGUGGGAGGGAUGGAAGCAGCAGAGGAGAAGGCCUCGACUUCGGCAGUGCAUGGGGGAGACCAGGGGCAGCCACACUUGAAGAAAGUCGUGUCAUACGUGUCAUUGCAAACGAUGGGACCUUCGGAUGGCGUUGACCCAAACGCCAAAGAAGACCACCUGUCGGAUGAACAGUUCGUCGACUUGUUCAAGCAGACGAGAGAAGAAUUUCGUGCACUACCCCCUUGGCGCAGGAAAAUGCUGAAGAAGCAAGUGGGCCUGUUUUAG